GUAACGGCUGGUGUAUGGACACGUGUUCGAGCUUCCGUAGUAAACGGAGGUGAUGGAGCAUUCGCUGAUGAAACCAGAAAGGCUCACAAAGGUUAUUCUUUGACUAUUCCUGAUCGUGUAAAAAAAUAUUGGCUCGGUUUCGGCGUUACUUUAUCUUUUGAAAACGAUAAAUGGCGUGGCCCAUUCACUAAUGAUGAGGAUAGAUGUUAUCACUUUCAUGGUGAUGAAUCUUAUUGGGAACUAUUUGACUGUUAA